AUGUCGGAUCCCCAGGCAAACGAGGCCGAGAAGAACAUCGAGAUAUGGAAGGUCAAAAAGCUGAUCAAGCGCCUCGAGGCCGCUCGUGGUAACGGCACGUCCAUGAUCUCGCUCAUUAUUCCGCCCAAGGACCAGAUUUCCCGAGCCGCCAAGAUGUUGGCUGAAGAAUACGGAACGGCGUCAAACAUCAAGUCUAGAGUCAACAGACAAUCUGUGCUUUCGGCCAUUACCUCCACCCAGCAACGACUCAAGCUGUACAACAAGGUUCCUCCCAACGGCUUGGUCGUCUACUGCGGUGAAAUCUUGACCUCGGAAGGCAAGGAGAGGAAAGUCAACAUCGAUUUCGAACCCUUCAAGCCCAUCAACACGUCUCUCUACCUCUGUGACAACAAGUUCCACACCGAGGCUCUGGCUGAGCUGCUCGAGUCGGACCAGAAGUUUGGUUUCAUUAUUAUGGACGGUAACGGAGCGCUAUUCGGUACUCUCUCCGGAAACACCAGAGAAGUCGUCCACAAGUUCUCUGUUGAUCUUCCCAAGAAGCACGGCCGUGGUGGUCAGUCCGCCCUUCGUUUCGCCCGUCUUCGUGAGGAGAAACGCCACAACUACGUCCGCAAGGUUGCAGAGUUGGCCGUCCAGAACUUCAUCACCAAUGACAAACCCAACGUCGCCGGUCUGAUUUUGGCUGGUUCCGCCGAUUUCAAGACUGACCUCAACGCCUCCGAUCUGUUCGACAACCGUCUGGCCACCAAGGUCAUCAAAGUCGUUGAUGUUUCCUACGGUGGCGAGAACGGUUUCAACCAGGCCAUUGAACUGUCUUCCGAGACUCUCGGCAACGUCAAGUUCAUCCAGGAGAAGAAGCUUAUCGGAAAGUACUUUGAGGAGAUCAGCCAGGACACUGGACGCGUCUGCUACGGUAUCGACGACACUCUGAAGGCUCUGGAACUCGGUGCUGUUGAGACUCUCAUCGUUUUCGAGAACUUGGAGAUUACCCGCUGGAAGCUCAAGGACAGCCAGGGCGUCGAGCACCUUUUACACACCACCAAGCAGCAGGAAGGGGGUGACCGCGCCAUCUUUAUGGACAAGGAGACCGGCCAAGAGAUGGAAGUCGUUACCCAAGAAUCCUUCCUCGAGUGGAUUGCGGAGCACUACAAGGACUUUGGUACCAACCUCGAGUUCGUCUCGGACCGUUCUACCGAAGGAAACCAGUUCGUCAAGGGAUUCGGUGGUAUCGGUGGUAUCCUCCGAUACAAGGUGAACUUUGAGCAGUUGGCUGAUAUUGAUGACGAUGAUGAGUACUACGACGCCCGCGCCCGCGCCCGAGCCCCAGCCGAAGGUCGCUCAUCGACUCCUUGCAGACAGGAGCCCGAUGAGCCCGGCUCACCUCACCCACCAAGUGGCGCGCCCGAGCCCGCUUCGGUCUGUUAUGAAGGCCUCUUGAGUUGA